AUGGAAAAUAUGGCGAAACAGUUUCCGGGAGUUUUCUCUGGGUACACGCUACAGGUGAUGGAGUCACAUCAAGCUGGCAAACUGGACACAUCUGGAACUGCCAAGGCUGUCAUUUCAUACUUUCAGAAAUUGGGGGUCUCAUUUGAAGUAGAUCAGGUGAAAAAAAUACGAGAUCCCAAGCAACAAAUUGAGAUGGUUGGUGUCCCGAAAGAGUACCUAUCUUGUCAUGCAUUCCACAUGUAUCACCUGGAGUCACCUGAUAAAAUAGUUUCUUUUGAGUUUCAGCAUAACGUCUGUGGUAGAUCAAUCCCUGCGGAGGGUACAAUUGAUGCUGCAAUUUUCCUUGCUAAGAAGGUUCAAUCAAAGGCGGACAAAUUCAUCUACGACGGGAUAGAUGUUUUGCUGGAGAGCGCCAUGAGAUGA